AUGUGUGAGGCGUCUGAGCUGCCGUCUCCGUGGGGACGGGGCCCCGUCGGUUCCAAAGGUGAUAAGGGAGAAAGAGGCGACGUCUCGUCUCCAGCCGCCAUCCGCACCAUCGCCCGACAGGUGUGCGAGCAGCUUAUCCAGAGUCACUUGUCGAGGUACAACACCAUCCUGAACCAGAUCCCGCAGGCGUCGGUGUCCGUGCGGAGCGUCCCUGGACCUCCUGGAGAACCAGGCCAUCGAGGAGCACCAGGACCUCAGGGAGAGCAGGGUCCCAGCGGCAGACCUGGCUUCCCUGGCAGCAGUGGACAGAACGGGCGCCCGGGGGAGAGAGGUCCAGCUGGAGAGAAGGGAGAGCGAGGCAGUACAGGAGUGGGAUCCCAGGGCCCCAGAGGACCUCCAGGACCUGCAGGACCUCCAGGUGAGGGCCGCACGGGCAGCCAGGGACCCACCGGCCGACCAGGGACCCCAGGGACCCCAGGCCGACCCGGGAACCCAGGGACCCCAGGCCAGAGCGGGACCCCAGGGUACUGCGACCCCAACUCCUGCAUGGGGUACAACGUGGGAGUAUUCCCAAUGCGCCCAGUGCAACGCCUGCCUCACGCGGGCUACCAACCCUACAACCCCUCUGCUUACACCCACGACCCGAGAGCCGAAGAUGAUGAUGAGGAGGAGGAAGAGGAGGACCCGUACUACCGCGGAUACCCCCGCAGUGCGCACCAGGCAUACCCGACCCGCCCGCGCUCUGAGGACGUGGAGCUGCGGUCGCCGGGAGUGCGCAGGUUUUCGCGGGACGUCCGGGCUCAGCGCAGCAGCAGCGACGUGAAGGUGAUGGGAGACAGCGAGGAGGAGGAGAGGUUUAAGAGAAAGACUCCAGUGUGA